AUGCAUAUUAUGUCGCCUACAGAUCGGGCGACAAGAUUACGAAGAAAAAGGACUGCAGCAGCUCUUCAAUGCUCUGAAGUAACCGUGAGCAAGUAUGUAAAGCGCGGAUUUUCCGGUGAACCAUUUGAAAGACCGGGAAAAACAAGGAAAAGGGUAUCGCCGAAGCGCCAUGUUUCUAACGAAGUAAAAGAGCAAAUUCGGCAGCUCAUUUACAAGUUCUGUGAUGAACGACGUCAUAUUACAUGCACUCAACUAUUAACUGAAGUAAGAAAAAAUAAUAUUUCGUUUUAUGGAGGAAGUGAAACUUUAAGAAAAGUUCUUAAGGAUAUCGGCUUCACGCACGUAAAACGUAAUAAUAAUCGAUAUCUGGUCGAGCAGCCAUAUGUAAUAGCUGCUCGUAUCGAAUUCCUAGGUAAAUAUAAGAAAAAUAUGGAUGCUCUCAAACUUAAGGACACUAAUUCUGUGGAGUUGGUUGAUCCUGCUAAAGCCACGGAUUCAGAGAAGUUGGUUGAUUCGACCAAUGACCCUAAUUCUGUGGAGUUGGUUGAUCCUGCUAAAGCCACAGAUUCUGAGAAGUUGGUUGAUUCUACCAAUGACACUGACCCUGAGAUGUCGGUCGAUCCUGCCAAAAAUAAUGACCCUGAGAUGUCGGUUGAUCCUGCCAAAAAUAAUGAUUCUGAGAAGUUGGUUGAUCCUGCCGAAGACGGUCGACCUUUCAUAUUCCUAGAUGAAACAUGGGUGUUUCGCUAUGGGACAGGAAAGACUCGAGAAUGGCAGGACUCCAGCCCUCGUAGUGUUUCUGUAAAGAAAGCGUCUAGCGGUCCAAGAUACAUUGUUUGCCAUGCAGGGGGCAGAAAUGGAUUCGUAGAUGGCGCCGGAUUGUUCGUUAAUUCUUCAAAAAAGAUUAAUCCUUUGGACGAUUAUCACGGAGCAAUGAAUGCCCAAACUUUCAAAGAAUGGUUUAAAACGAAACUGUUGCCAAAUUUGAAAGAACCGUCGAUAAUUGUGAUGGACAAUGCGUCCUACCACUCUUCGAAGGAGGAAGCACAACCAACAACCAACUGGAAUGUGCCAGAGAUUAAAGAGUGGUUAAAUAAAGAAGGCAUUCCAUAUGAUGAAAAUUUGAGGAAAAAAGAAUUGUUAGAGUUAUGUGUUUAUUAUAGAAAACCGACAGCAUAUGAAUUAGAUUCUCUGUGUGAGGGUACACCGCAUACAAUUUUAAGAUCUGCUCCUUAUUGCUAUUUUUACAAUCCCAUCGAAAAUGUAUGGGGACUCGCUAAAAGGUACUACGAUGCUCACUUAGCAUUCGGUGGAGAUUAUUCCGAAAAAAAAGCAGUGGAGACGUGGAACGAAGCUCUGGCUAGAGUAACUCCGCAAGUAUGGAAUGAGUGUGUUAAUCACACUGAAAAAAAGAUAAUAGAAGAUUAUCAACGUUUUUUUGUUGAAGGAGGUGCGAUCGAAAUAAUUGAUAAUCUCGCUCCAAUCGACGAUGAUCCCGAAGUGAAUGAUGACAAUGAUUCUCAGAGCCUUUCAGAAAUGCAAACAGUAUCUGAACUUGAUGAUGAUGAUGAUGUUGAACAGAAAAAUGAAACUGAUAAUUAUGAACCAAUGAAAAGUAAAUUUUCAGGAGAAAUCGGUGAUGUAUAUAAUGAUGAUAUCAUUGAUAAUGAAUGCGAUUACAUACUUGAGUCUUCAACUACACUAGAAAAUAAUCCUUUUGAAAACUAUCAUCAAGGAGAGAUAGGUAGUUUUGUAGAAAUUGACUCAUUACAGUACGAGAAUGAAGUGGAUGAUAAUCUUGAACAGUUAACUAAGGAUUCCAGUUUAACCGGAGAAUUAACCAUCAAUGUCACGGAGGAUGAUUUAAGUAGAGCAGUAAGAUCAAUUGCAAAUUUUAUUGAACCCAUUCCUCGUCCAAACCCAAUAGUUUUCGAGGAACAUGAUGUAAUUCAUAAAAUAUUGGAAAGAGCGAAUGAAACCACUCAAAUAACACUCGAUAUCGAAACCAAGAACUUAAAUUCAUCAUCGCUGCAGAAUCAUUCAAUCGAGGCUAUGUUAGAAGAAUAUAAGAUUGACAAGGAAAACAAGAAGGUCAAUGAACAUGAUAUAAAUAUGCGUAUUAAGUUGGAAGAUUUAGAAAGGCUAAAACCACCGCAAUGGCUGAAUGAUCAAGUCAUAAACUAUUAUUUCAAAAUUCUUGAAGAAAGAAAAGAUUCAGAAAUAUAUGUUUUUGACACAUAUUUUUAUCCUUCUUUAAAUAUUGGAAUUGAAAGGGUAAAAAAUCGUACUAAAAACGUUGACAUAUUCACAAAAACGUUUCUCUUCAUUCCCAUUCAUCUUGGGAACCAUUGGUGCCUGUGUGCUGUCAAUAUUCCAAAUGUAUCAAUAACAUAUUAUGAUAGCCUUAAGGGUACUAAUGACAAAUGUUUACAGAAAAUUGAAGGCUACUUAUUACAAGAAUUUAAGAUGGUACGACCAACUUCUGAUGGUCCAAAGAGAUGGAAAAAAAUACACGCAAAGGAUAUUGCAUUGCAAAACAAUGCAUACGAUUGCGGAGUAUUUAUUUGCUACUAUGCAAGCCAACUGUCAAAAGGAGAGCCAUUAAAUCUCAUAAACGGAUGUAACAUGAGCCCGUUCAGAGCCGAAAUAUUGUAUGACAUUUUGUCAAAAUUAAAAACCGAAGAGGAAUGUGCAAAGCGGAAAGACGAGCCUAUAAAGAAAGUUACUCCAGUAUAUGGAAGAUCGACAGUAACUCCUCGUAGUACCGAGAUUAAAACGAGUAUCCCGGAAGUUUACCUGCACCAAUCCGCUAAUUUUCACCAAGGUGAUAAAAAAUACUUUAAGCAUCAGCGAGCAGGCGUCCAAUGCACUGCUAUAGCGACUGUUGCAUGCAUUUUGUUACCGGCGAUAACUGUACGAACGAUAACUUCAGAAGAUUUGGAUAAAGUGUUGAUUUUUGGAGAUUUAUAUUAUCAAGAGUGCCGCAAUCAGCCUACAGUUAAAUCGGAUCUACUUAAUGUAGAAGAAUUAUUGCGAAAUUUAAGCAUUGGCAACGGAAUAGUAAAUUUCGAUGUACAUGACAUAAUGUUUGGCCAAUUUAAAAAUAACCAAUUACUUCAGGACACUAUUGACAAACAUUGUUUAACAAGCGCUGACGAAAACAUUAGCCAUACUGGUUUUUUAUUCAUUGGCAACGAUAAAACAGUAGCAUUUUUUAAAUGUAAAAAGGGUUUGAUUUGGUUAUUUAAUUCGCACGGAGUAGAUCAGAAUAACCAAUAUCCAUUUUGGAAUGAAAAUGAUCAAAAAGCUCGAUUAUUUAGAUGUGGAAAUUCGAAAGCUUUAGUAUCUUUGUUACUAACAGACUGUUUCAUGAUUCCCAUGAUUUUGUUUUCUUAUUCUCUAGUAGACACCGAGAAUUGA